CUAUGAAAGCACAAAUACACGCUAGUUAAACAUUCUCUCUUGGCCAAUGGCGUUUCUGCGCAAGGCAGCCUAGGAUCGACGCGCCGCGUUAGUCGUAACGUCGUAACUGUAACAAUUUCGGACAGUUUGUUCCCCGUUUUCACGCUAUCAUGGAUUCGUUAGCGAAUUACGCUAGUGACGGAGAUAAUAGUAACAAUUCGGAAGAUCCAAAGAUACCAUAUGGGAUGCAUGGCGAUACCAGUAAACGGGCCAGUGAUGCUAAUUAUGAUCCAGUACAAAUGGAUAUGAGUGAGGAAAGCAACAACAACAAUUCAUCCAGGGAAUCCAGUAGUGAAAGGGCACAUAGUCCAACUGCACAAUCAAAAGCAGACUCAUCCCGAAUAUUACCUUCCCCCUCAGACCAGAGGCGAUCUGAUCAUGAGAAUCAUACAGCAAACUCAAAAGACGAGCACAAACGAGGAGAUAGAUCUGACCGUAGUAGACACACAAACGAUAAGGGACGCCGACCGUCGUAUGAUGAUAGAAGGCAGCGAGAAAGCAGUCACAGGGACAGAGAUAUAAAGAGGAGUCGCGACGAUGACAGAAAAUCUCGUGACGAUGAUAAAAAGAAGGAGAAGAGUUCUUUGGGAUCGAGUAGGGACGAGAAAAAUGACGACAAGGAGAAGAGUGACAAAGAUCAUCACUACCGCGAUGAUCGAAGGGAUCGAAACCGUGAUAGAAACGAUAGAGAUAGACGCAGGGAUAGGGAUAGAGAUCGAGAUCGUCGGCAUUCUAGAGACGAUAGAUCGAAGGACCGGUAUCGGGACGAUCGAUCCAAUUAUCACAAAGAAAAAGAUCGCGCAAGAUCUAGAUCUAGAUCAAGAGACCGAGCUCCGCCGCUUUUUAGAACGAUGAGCUACAGAGAGGAGAAGGGCAGAAACAAAUUAGCUCAAUUGGAGAAGUUAGGAAUCGAACUUAAAGCACCAGAAGGUGACACUGUUACACCCGGUGUUCAAAACGAACAGAAUUAUUAUAAUCCUUUGGCCACGGCGACGCAAGGAAAAUACGCAGAGCAAAUACAGAAGAGGAAACUGUUAUGGGCAAAUAAGUCGAAGCAAGACGAAGGCAAAACGUCUACAGCAGCUUCCACUGCAAACACUUGGGUGGGAACGACGUUUACGCAUGAUCAAGAUGGAAAAGUAACAGCAAAGUUUAAACGAUUAAUGGGCAUUAAAGAUGAUUUACCAACUACUCCGACAGUAGGUGCUAAACCAGAUAUAUUGAAGAAGCAAGAAGAGAUGUUUAAUAAUAUGGAACAACAGUACGAGGUAGCACGCGCUACUACACACACACAACGUGGUGUUGGACUUGGUUAUGCCAGUGGUGGUUAUCAAUUUCCCCGAUAAAAUGGGGUGAAACCUUUUGAACAAUGAGUUUAGGAUUAAUGACGCCCAAAGGUGCAACUGGAUUCUUUUUCUGUUGAUAUGUAUAAUCUCGUCAGGUCGAUUAUGAAGCAGAGUUAUUAUUUUGAGGUCGUUAUAAAUAGAAACUAUAGAAAGUUACUACAAAAAUAAUAAUGCUUAUAUAUAAUAAAAGAUACGAAAGAUACUGUUAUAGUUGUACAAUUAUAUUGUAAACAUUGAAAGAAAAGAAAUAAAUUUGUUAAAAAUUUGGGAGAAGAGCUCUGUACUCUCGGCUUGACGAUGAUUAUUUUUCAUUAUCUGUUCGCGGAAAUGAAAGGUGAAGCAGACGAUCUUUUUAUGCUACGAAUGUGCUUGCAACACCAAUUUAUAUGAUAAUUUCACAUUGUAUCUAUAUAUUAUGUACAAAUACAUAAGAGGUUCAUUGACACAGA